AUGGCUCGGCUGAAGAUGUGUGGACGUCCUCCACAAGCAUAUGAACAACAACAAAAAUCGCCAAUAGUCCGCAUAAUGGGUCUCUGCAAAAGGGGCAGCAACAUGAGACCACUGCAUGAGGUUCGCCCGUCUGCCCAGACUGACAGGUUUCUGCUUGGCAAAGGCACUAAUCGCAGAUCAUCAGUUAAUAAGAUGACAAGCAGCGCCAAGAGAUGCUGCUUUGGGUCAUUAUUGCCCUGCGGGAUCUUCAUCUCCAUGACACACAGCCCAGAUCCAGAGGACACGGAAGGGAAAAGCAAACGCCCAUCUGUCAAACAGGCACCGCCAAGGGUGCCGAGGGCACCACAUUUGGCCCUCGAACGACAAAUCGAGGGCUGCUGUUACGCAACCGGGGGCUCAUCUCCAAGAAUCAGCAGCACGUCUGCUUGGAGCAUGCCGAUUGGUUCCGUUGCCCUUCGUCACUCGCUGCGAGAUCGAAUGCCAAGAGAGGAGAUUUGCGCCAAGACUUUCUCGAAUGAUGCACGCCGCGCUGCGUGCCAAGCCGGGGUGGAAGGGAGCAAUCGACGGAAACAAGGGCGGGUGGGUGACACCGCCAAGAUCCCGGCGCCCGUCGUGACUUUUGUCUUGUUGCGUUUCCUCUCCUGCCGUAUGGUCAUGUUUGCCAGUCAGACCGUAUGGUACCAGACCGGUAUUGAAACUGAACAGCGUCCGUCAAUGACAAGCUGCGAACACUGCUGA